GGCUAGUCUCGUUCAAGGCGUCAGUUGAGUCGAAAGUGUUUCCUCCUCCGGAGCUCGUUCGGUUUGAAAGAGUUUGAAGAGUUGGGCGUUUGCCAAAAGAGCUGAAAAAAGCAAGUCUUGUGCAACGUUACUGUUGGGUUGCAAAACGGGAAAUUUUUUACAAGUGAGCGUGAAGAUUUGCGGUGAAGUAGUGGCUUGAAAUUGCGGAAAAGCUGUGCUUUUUGCCCUCGAAAAAACAGUUUCCAGUGAAUGAGAGCAGUCUGUGACGUCACGUUUGGGUGGAAGUUAUUUUCGACGAAAAAACCAUCUAAAACAGUUUGAAAGUUGGGAAAACUAUUGCGAAAAGUUGCGCGCUGAUUGUCCGCAUCCGAUUUGGUAACUUUCGCUUGGUGAAAAGUGCUUUUCUACGCGAAAACAGCGAUUUUGAUUGCGCAAACCUAACCUCAAACAUAAAUAUAAAUACGACGAAGGUUGCAGUGAGUUGAACGGCUAGGAAGAAGAAGAAGCCCUCUCCCCCAGCUUGCUUUGUUGGAUUGUGAGCACAACACAAAAUCGAGAAAAAUAAAAACGAGUUUUGUUGUGCGUUUUGGUUGAUAUUUUGAAGCUCGCAGCUCCGAAAUAAACAAGGAUUUUGUGGUGCGUUUGUUGGUGAAUCGAAACAAAUAAAAUAAACAUGAGUGCCAAGGUGUACAACCCGAUGAUACUGUCGGAGAUAUCGACGCUCCGUUCGCCGGCCAUCGGUCGGCGGCCGGCGCCGACGUCCGCGGCCCGCAUCACGGCCGCCCGGGUCAAGCGGGACCUGUUUGGACCGGUGGACAAGGAGGACUCGAAGAAAUUCAUUGAGCGCGAGCUGGCCGCCCAGAACGACGUCCUCAGCAAGAAGUGGGGCUUCGAUUUCCGCUCCGGCGAGCCCCUCCAGAACCACGAGCAGUACCAGUGGGAGCGCGCCCCGACUUCCGCCCCGUCUUGCUUCGUCGGCGGAAUGGUUGCCCUGACGCGGGCCGCCCACGUCGUCGGCACGGCCACCGCCACCGAAGAUCUGAUGGACCAGCGCGCGGAACGCGAAAACGGAACCUGCUUCAGCACGACCGCGGCCACUGCUAGCGGAUCGGACACCGAUAUGGACACGCCCGUGUUGACACACCCGCUGGCCAAGAUCAGCACCGCCACCACCGUCGUCUGCCUGUCCAGCUCGUCCUCGUCUUUCCCUGCCUCGGCCACCCGGGCGCGACGACAGCAGCGAAUCACAGACUACCUGAAAGAGCGCAAACGCCUCUCGAGCAGCGCCCCGAAGGUCGCCCUGGCCAAGCGAGCCCGCCAGAUGCUGAGCGGUUCCCCGACGGCGUCCUCGUCCUCGUCGCAGUAAACGCUCGCGAAGCAAGAUGCAGCAGCCAGCAGCGAUCUCAUAUCCCGUUUGAUUUUAAUCUAUCGUUUAUUUUCCCCCAUUUUUGUGAGUGCGAAGGAAACACACCUUUAUUUUUAUAGAUGCGAUCUGCAGCGAAACAUUUCCUAGGCUUAGAACUCGUCUAGAGCGCAGGAAUCGAUAGUAGAGACAGCGGAACAAAAAAAGAUAACUAUUUACACAAAUCGGAAAGGGUUAGAACAAUUCUGCAAAAUUGUUGUAAAUUUUCGAACAAAUUGCCAUGAUAGAGCUACGGAUAAGUGUAGUCUGUAGGAGUUUAGAUUGUAGCAUAUUGGUAGCGCAAACAGCGAGAGUAUUGGCGGAAGUGGAACUCUCUGCUCGGGAGGAGAAGUGUUGGACCAAACUUUGGGACUUCCUCCUGGCGGGGCGGUUUUGCUUUCGCGUCUACUUUUGUGGUAAUGUAAAUAUAUUUUUAGUUAAAAACCCGAUCGUUUCGAUCAUUACACGAACGGAAAGAAGUUCGUCUCCGAUAAGGCCGGCUGCUUGCAACGGUCGCCCUUAUCGGACACGAACGCUCGUCGCCAGUUAGCAUUAUCUCUUGUUUAUAAAUUUACUCUUAAUGUAUGUAAAUAGCAAUAACAGACAAGGUCAUCCUCGGAAGAAACUUGCUUGAGUCUGUGAUUCAAACCGAUAGUUGAAAGUGCAAUCGUCACCACUAUCUGCAAGCAGAUAGAGCUGUCCUCUGCAACUUAUCAACAAAACAACUAUCUCUGCAAUGUCAGUGAAUCACCGACUCGACCAGCUAACUUCUUCAAAACAAUUUCCUUUCCCAAACAAAAAGAAUACACCGGUCCGGCAAGAACAUUCCCCGACCAAAAUCCUUCAGCGCAAAACGAUCUCAAAAGAACCGUCGUUGCAAUAGAAAUCGCAAUAAUCUUUUUUGAGUGCAAUACCAUCGCUGACGAUCGAAAGUCACCCGGAACGUUCCUGCCGGAACCACAACCUGUAUUCUCUUAUCCUCUAAAAGAUAUCUAAAACAUGCACCCCCUAAAAAAAGCCGACGGUGAAACGGUAAUCAGUGCCAAAAAGUGAUGGAAAGCGUUUCACCCGGAAGAACGAAACUAAACAAAACAAAAAGUAAAAACAUAAAACGCCCUUCAAAGCAAAAAGCCAAGCUGUGUAUUGUCCGACUGCAGCCGCCGGAAGUACCCGGUGGGAUUGGGUCGAACCUGAAUUUUUGUGUAUUUAAUUUUCUGCUCGUUACCACGUAAGACUAUAUCGUUGCUUUUCAACAUAUCGCGCAGUCCCCCCUCGAUCAGUAAACCGUACUAAACGCCAGAAGCUAAUAUAUUGAAUGUGGACCAAAAAAUCCGAUCAUUCGAAGCACACACCUUAUUUAUUCUUCAAAAGUACCUCUUUACUACCUUGUUUGUACUAUCGAACAGUUAAAAUUAGUCUCUUUUUUUUGGAUAUACACGUUGAAAAUCGUACACACGUUUAGUUGGUAAGUUGAUAAUUCUUUGAGAAAGUUGACGCAAACAAUCUCAUUUGAGUAAGAAAACAAAACAUACAAAUAUUUAGCCAAUAAAAUAACUAUUUCUAUUGAUUUCGUGUAAUAAUGAACAAAUAAAAUAAAAAUACCUAUACGACAA